AUGGAUGAAUUUACUGAAAAAUGCCACGAAGUGGACAACCUGCAAGAAAGGGUCCGCGAAUUAGAGAGACUAGUCACUCAGUCCCAGACACGCGAAGAGAUGAGCAAACUACAGGGCGAAAAGGCUCACCUCUCCCCUAUCCUGAAAGACCCGGGUAUUGACAAUGUCGCCCGAGUUCAAGAGACCACUAACCAUGUGAAACGAGCAAUCAUAGGAGACGACCCUAGCGACUUGGAGCCCUCGGACUCAUCAUCCGAAUCCGAUGAUGAUAGUGAGAAGUCCUCCACUGAGUCAUCCGACGAAGAACUCAGGCAAAAGCCUGUGAAAAAGGAAAACAGAAAAACCUCACCUAGCAGGAAACAAGAGGCUGAUGAGGACUUCUCUGAUGACCUAAACGCCAAGCUCCUCUCUAUGGAACCGGAGUCUGACCAUGAUAGCGACACGGUUGAAAACAAGAGGGCGAAGCGAGCUGCAAGAUGGAAACACUGCCCAAUUGAACCUGCUCAAAUAUCAGCAGGGUUUCCUGAAGCAUGA